AGUGUUCGGUGGUGUCAACGACAGGGAGGGAAAGGAAUAUUUCUAAAUCGUCUGCCAACGCUAUUGUCCAGUCUUGAGGAGUGGAAGUAUCGGGCUCUUUUUUAUUAUCCAGAACGUGGCAGGAGUCCCCGGGAUUCUGUCCGGUUAAAAUCGAUUACUUCGCCAAGGAGGCCGAGUUCCACUGGGGUUUUGUCAGAUCUGCAUCCAAGUACCUGUCAAUAGAUCCGGUGCAUGCUACACGAAGAAAGGACAAACAUCCUCGAAGACAUUUUUUCGCCCAAUACCAGAUAAUUCUAGCAUAAAUAAUGGCUAGCUGCAAGGCAGGCUUCGUGUCCAUAUUAAACAAUGAUGACAAUCCAUCAUUCACAGUACGAUCAAGCCCCCGCCUGUCCAGGCACCACUCUACUUCAUCAUACCCUUAUCCGUCAGAGCCACGGCGAGAGGCAUCAAACUCAUACCAUCGCUAUGGGUACGCACAUUCAGACUCCUUCCCGGUGAACCGGCAACAGUUCGAUCCCGUAUCGGAAGCCGCGCAGCCUGCGUCCCCCGGAUCGUCUGACUGCUCUUAUGACUACAUGAGCACCGGAUCCGGUUAUUAUUAUCAGCCUAGUCGUCAGGAACUCAAUGUUUACCAAGCGCCGACAGCGGGAACCGCAACGACAACUGCUGAGAAAAGGCUCAGCGCCAACAGCGUGUCUGACCCUCCCUCCCCACCAGCAUCGAUCAGUGGAUCUAGAGAUGCAAUGGCAACCAAAGUAAACCGCAAGAACAAAUAUCCAUGCCCAUUUGCUGCUAGUCACAACUGUUCCGCUACCUUCACGACAUCAGGACAUGCGGCACGCCAUGGAAAGAAGCACACGGGCGAAAAAAGUGUACACUGCCCGAUUUGCAACAAGGCUUUCACCCGAAAGGAUAAUAUGAAGCAGCACAUUCGAACCCAUCGGACACACUCUGAAGAUCGGCCAACGGGUGUGACGGAGAAGGACACUGAUGCAAGUAACCGGUGGCGCGUCAGGAGGGACAGCCCCUUGUACAACCACCACCGAUCCUCGAGCCAGACCCAAAUGGAUGGAAAUGCCUACGACAGCAUGACAACUAUGAGAUGAGCGCAAGUGACUAUGUCAGCGUUUGCAGUCACUUGGAAUGAUGUCAUCAUGAAUUUGAUGAGACACACGUGUGAGGCGAACGUAUAUGAAGCAACCGAACCUUUUAGCAAUCUCCCAGAUUCGGGCCGUUGCGAGAGGUCAAACCUCCGCCAUUCUUUGCCCUAUCCUUG